AUGUCGCUUCUUCGAAAUUUCAUUAUUUUUCUUAUCUAUAUUAAUUCAUUAUCGUAUGCUCUUCAAUGUACUACAGAUUGUUAUUUUCAAUCAAAUCUCUCAACUACAUUUGAAAUACCUAAAUCAUGCAAUCAAAUAAUAUCUGCAAAAAAUUGUGGAAUUCGAAUAUCAUUUUCGUAUUCCCCGUAUUACUCGGGUCUUUCCUUCAAUUUUCAACACUCGAAUUAUUCUUCUGGUGCCUUCUAUAGUUCUUCAGUAGAGCUAUCAGAUGGUGGUUCAUUUUCUUUUUAUUACAGUAUUGAUCAUACCUGCAAUCAUAAAGAUGAUUGUGCAAUAGAAUUUGCAAACAAUAAUAUACGUAAUAUACUUCGUCGUUUGGAUUUUAAUCAUGCAGAUUUGAUUAGAGAACUCUCCCCUCUACUUUCAACGAACGUAUCAAUUGAGACUAGUGACGUCGCAUGUUUUGAUUCUAAUGAAAGAGUACGUCAAUGUGGAAUUGUUACCAAACCUGGACUAUGUCAAGCAGCACAACAAUUAACAGGAAGACAAAAGACGAACCGUACUUGUAACUACGAAAGUUACAGAGGUGAAAAGUCGGUAAGCAUAUAUGAUUUCGGUUCAUUUGCUAGCUUUUCUAUCACAUGUAAUCGAUCAUUAUGUAAUGGACCUGUGACACAACAAGUUAUAAAAGAAAUUAUGUUUAAAUACAAUAUUACAAAAACAAUUGAUGGACGAUUAAAUAAUGGUUUACGUCUUUCAUUAUCUUCUACAUUUCUGUUGUCAAUCAUUGUUUUCUUAUUGUAUGUUUAA